CACAGAGGAGCACGUGGCUGUUCCUGGUCCUCUAGGAGCUGAGGCCCGAGCGAGGAUCAGUGCCCGGCGUACCGGCAGAGGAGGAGGGCAGAGGUCUGUCCCUCUGGCGGGGAUGCUGGCGCCGCGGGUGGUCGCGUAGAGUCCAGGGCCACGAAGGACGCCGCGGGCACCGGAGCUAGCGCCGGGCCAGGUCGCCUUCCCCGUGUCUAGGAGCCAUGGAACCCACCCCCAGUGACUUACAGCCUGUGCCUGGGGCAGCAAAGGAAGUCCCAGCUCUGGAUGCCACGUGCUGCCGUGUGGCCCUCUCUGCGGUGGUGGCCACCAGCAUUGUCAUGGUCACCCUGGGAGUCCUCGUGGCCUCCCUCUCUACACAGGGUGUCGACGUGGAGCACACGGCUGAGCUGCAGGGGGUCCAGUAUGCCCGCAGCUUGCAGCAGGAGACCUCAGAGUACUACGGCAUGCUGACGCCCACUCUGGAAAGGCUGUUUGUAAGCAGCUUUCAGAAGACAGAGUUGGAGGCCAGCUGUGUGGGCUGCACCGUGCUAGGUUACAGGGCUGGGAAUUCCAGUGUCUUUGUGCGUUUCCGGCUACACUUCCUGCUGCGAGCCCUGCAGUCACUGAGUCUGGGCCUGGAGGAAGAGCUGUUGCAGCAGGGACUCCGAGCAAGGCUGCAGGGGCACGGCGUCCCCCUGGCUGCCCAUGGCACCAUUGUGUCCGCCGAGCUCACAGGAAGCCAGAAAGGGCCACUGACAGAAAGAGACUUAAAAUCAGGUCGCUGUCCGGGGAACACCUUUUCCUGCCGGAACAGCCAGUGUGUGACCAAAGUGAACCCGGAGUGUGAUGACAGAGUGGACUGCUCCGAUGGAUCUGACGAGGCUCACUGUGACUGCGGUCUACAGCCUGGCUGGAAGACAGCGGGCCGGAUCGUGGGCGGCGUGGAAGCGUCCCCCGGGGAGUUCCCGUGGCAAGUCAGCCUUCGAGAAAACAACGAACACUUCUGUGGGGCUGCUGUCAUUGGGGCCCGGUGGCUGGUGUCUGCGGCCCACUGCUUCAACGGGUUCCAAGACCCAAGAGAGUGGGUGGCAUAUGCGGGCACAACGUUCCUGAGCGGCGCGGAGGCCAGCACGGUGCGGGCGCGCGUGGCCCGCAUCACCCUGCACCCGCGGUACAACCCCGACACGGCGGACUUCGACGUGGCGGUGCUGCAGCUGCACAGCCCCCUGCCCUUCGGCAGGCACGUCCAGCCCGUGUGCCUCCCCGCCGCCACGCACGUCUUCCCGCCGCGGAGGAAGUGCCUGAUCUCCGGCUGGGGCUACCUCAGGGAGGACUUCCUGGUGAAGCCAGAGACGCUGCAGAAAGCCACCGUGCAGCUGCUGGACCAGGGCCUGUGUGCCAGCCUGUACGGCCACUCGCUCACCGACAGGAUGCUGUGUGCCGGCUACCUGGACGGGAAGGUGGACUCCUGCCAGGGAGACUCAGGAGGCCCCCUGGUCUGCGAGGAGCCCUCCGGCAGGUUCUUCCUGGCUGGCAUCGUGAGCUGGGGGAUUGGCUGUGCAGAAGCCCGGCGUCCCGGUGUCUAUGCCCGUGUGACCAGGCUUCGGGACUGGAUCCUAGAGGCCAUCACUGUGGCGAGCAAGCCUCUGGCCCCCACCACGGCUCCCACCUCCGCCAUCCCCAGCAUUGCCUGGCCCACCAGUCCUCAGAGCCCAGUGGUCCACACCCCUGCCAGACCCACGCAGGGCCCCAGCACGGCGCCUCCUGACUCAGUGACCGCCUCUAGGCCACAAGAGUGCGGGGCCAGGCCCGCCAUGGAGAAGCCCACGCGGAUCGUGGGCGGGCUGGGAGCCGCCUCGGGGGAGGUGCCCUGGCAGGUCAGCCUGAAGGAAGGUUCCCGGCACUUCUGCGGCGCGACUGUGGUGGGCGACCGCUGGCUGCUGUCGGCUGCCCACUGCUUCAACCACACGAAGGUGGAGCUGGUACGGGCCCACCUGGGCACCGCGUCCCUCACGGGCAUCGGCGGAACCCCGGUGAAGAUGGGUCUCAGGAGGGCGGUGCUGCACCCCCAGUACGACCCCGGCACCCUGGACUUCGACGUGGCCGUCCUGGAGCUGGCCAGGCCCCUGAGUUUCAGCACGAAUAUCCAGCCCGUGUGCCUGCCCCUGGCCAUCCAGAAGUUCCCUGUUGGCCACAAGUGCAUGAUCUCUGGAUGGGGUAGCACGCAGGAGGGCAACGCCACCAAGCCUGACAUUCUGCAGAGAGCAUCCGUGGGCAUCAUAGACCAGAAGGCCUGCAGCGCUCUCUACAACUUCUCACUCACGGACCGGAUGCUCUGCGCGGGCUUCCUGGAGGGCAAGGUCGACUCCUGCCAGGGCGACUCUGGUGGACCCCUGGCCUGCGAGGAGGCCCCCAGCGUGUUUUACCUGGCGGGGAUCGUGAGCUGGGGGGUCGGCUGUGCCCAGGCUGGGAGGCCCGGCGUGUACACGCGCAUCACCAGGCUGAAGGGUUGGAUCCUGGACACCAUGUCUUCCGGGCCCCUGCCCAGCCCUCCCCCGCCCGCCACGGGACCCCCGCCCUCCACCAGGCCUUCCUCCAGGACGGCGGCCGGCCCCACCGUCCCAGCGGUCCUGGCCAGCAGAGCCACCUUCCGGGCCACCAGCCAACCUGCCAGCAGGACCGCCGCCACCGCGAGCGCCACUGUGGGGGGACACACCCCACUUCCCAGUGCCCCCAGCCCCACCGUGGGCUUCCAGCCACCAGGUAGUGGGAUGAACAGAGGGACGUGUGGGUGGCAGGGGCCCUGCGUCCGUCGUGACAAUAGCAGACACUUGUUCUCUCCCGGAGCUGGAGGUCAGAAGUCUGACGGCCGCGCCCCGGGCCCACCCGGCUCCGUCUCGCCCGCAGGCUCGAUGGCGCGGCAGCUGCAGAAGGCGGCAGUGCGCCUCCUCAGCGAGCAGACGUGCCGCCGCUUCUACCCGGUGCAGAUCAGCAGCCGCAUGCUGUGCGCCGGCUUCCCGCAGGGCGGCGUGGACAGCUGCUCGGGUGACGCUGGGGGACCCCUGGCCUGCAGGGAGCCCUCUGGCCGGUGGGUGCUAACUGGGGUCACCAGCUGGGGUUACGGCUGCGGACGGCCCCACUUCCCGGGUGUCUAUACUCGGGUGGCGGCCGUGAGAAGCUGGAUCGGGCAGAACAUCCAGGAGUGA